GUCGCCUAUCUUGGGCCCAAGGGCACCUUCACCUACCAAGCAGCCCGGCAACACUUUGAACAGCUAGGUCCUGCAGAAGCAUAUAUCUACGAUCCUGUAGAAAACCUUUCGGACAUCGUUGCUGCUGUUCACGAAGGCAGAGCAGACUAUGGAGUCAUUCCAUUUGAAAACAGCACAAACGGCCAUGUCGUACCCACCCUCGAUCUCUUUCGAGCCAUCGACCCACAAGGUGCUCGAGUCACGGCAGAAAUCUAUCUCAAUGUUCAUCAGUGCUUGUUAGCGCUGGGUAAGAUGACAGACAUACAGCGCAUCUACUCGCACCCUCAAGCAUUUGGGCAGUGCGAGCGCUACCUGGCAGAGACGCUACCUAAUGCCAAACGUAUCAACGUUAGUUCUACGGGAGAGGCAGCACAGCUUGCCGCCAAGGAUUUCGGAUCAGCGGCAGUAGCAUCGCUUGCGUCCGCUGAAGCUGUAGGACUCAGCUUACUAGCUAAAGACAUUGAAGACAAUGCCAAUAAUACAACACGCUUCUUUGUCCUGCAGUCAGCAACGGGCAUCAACCAGAAAGCGACAGGGCCUGAAAAGACACUAGCCCGACUUGUUGUACCACACGCAGAACCCGGCAGCUUGGCCCGGAUUCUGCAAAAGUUUGCCAUCUUUGGCUUCAACCUCACCAGCAUCUGCUCACGGCCGCUGCCGAUUACGGAUAAUCAAAAGUGGCGAUACGUGUUCUUUAUUGAAUUUGAAGGU